UUAAAACAGUAGAGAGAGAGAGAGAGAGGAAGCGAGAAGCUGUGCAUUGUUGCGUUGUUGAAUUGAACUGAUAAAAUGGCCCUGUAUCUACAGGGCAGUUUCAGUGUGUGAUAGUCAUAUGGGACUAUAUGGUACUAAGUUUUAAUGACUGAGUCAAAGUUGGGACUGGGUUUUCUCACUAGCGAAGACUGUGGUUUGUGUAUUUUCCUGCUUCUCUAGAUCACGCCCAGAGAGACCAGAGACCUACCCCAUGAUGGCCGACCGAACGUCUCUCCAACCUCCAACCCCCCAGCCUUACCAGGACCCAUACCUCCAGCAUCACCUCCACCACCGGCCCGGCCUGGGCCAUACAUCCUGCCACCACCCCCUGGAGCCCCAGACUCCCCUGGAGCAAUACAGGACCACUCUCCCUGAUUCGAGCCUUUAUUCUGGGGGGAGCAACGAGAGGUACAAGGGUGUGGGUGGUGGAAGAGGAGGUUAUGUAGACAUUCAUAGGCAUAGCAGAGGUGAUAACUGUAUUGAUGUUGAUGGUAGAGAUGGUUGUUUUGGAGCGCAGGAAGCUAGCUACUGUAAUAGGGGGGUUUUGGACGACAGUGUAGGUCAAGGGGAACAUUUCGGCAACCAUUUUGAAGGUCAGAGCCUUGGCUGUGCUAGCCAAAGGGAUGACGGCUGCGAUGGGGAUGACAGCAGCGCCAGCGGUAGUGGUGGUGAUACGUACCACAGAACGGAUGAGGGCUGUAACAGGGAUGACGUCUUUCACAGAACAGAUGAAGGCUGUAAGAGCAGUAGGGAUGAUGUCUUCUACGGUAACAGUAGAGACGACGGGUGUGAGGAGAAAACGGAUGAUGGGUCGAACACUAGGGAUGAGGCCUUUCACAGAAUGGAUGAUAUCAGGAAUGACAUCUUUCCGGGAAGGGAUGAGGGCUGUAACAGGGAUGACGUGUUCUACAGAACGGAUGAGGGCUGUAGUAACAGGGAUGACGUGUUCUACAGAACGGAUGAGGGCUGUAGUAACAGGGAUGACGUGUUCUACAGUAGAGAGUAUGUGUGUGAGGAGAGGGGAGAUGGCAGUGAUGGUUAUAGAGAUAGCGGUAGCCAUGGUGGUGGCAAUAAUACAACUGAUUAUCUCUAUAAUCGUACUGCUAGCUUUGGCUAUAGUGUGGAUAAUACAGGAAUGAAGAAUAGUUUGAGAAGGCUUGAUGUUUUUGGGGGAGACUGUGAUGAUUUCGGGGGUAGAAGGUCGAACUUGGAUCCUCUAGAGGCCCAGUUAAAGCCUGGGUCUUGGGUGAGUCCUACUCCCCUAGAUCGUGGUGCUGUGGCUGGGGAGGGAAGGGAGAGGGGUGGGGGGUAUCCCCAGGACUGGGCCUUUCUAUACUCCCAUUCCCAGGCAGCGGGUGGUGCUGGUGGUAGGGUUUACCAGCAGAAACUGGACUCCUUCUCCGAAGCGUUCUCCUUCAGACGCAACGUUGCCGGCAGCAGAAUUCUGAAUGGGAAUUCCGUAUGUGGGAUUCUGGGAUUGGGAGGAGGAAGCACAGAACGGAUCAAAACAAGUGCUUACGAUUCGCACACAGACUCUUCCACUCUUCCUUCACCUCCUACUCCUCCUUCGCCUCACCCCUUCCCCCUGGUCCUUAGCCCUCCUCCCACACCCCUCCCUCCUCAUUCCCUCUCCCCUCCUAAACUCACCCCACCACCCUCUGUCAGGACAGUUGGACUCACCCAGUCCUCAGGGGGGGGUUGUAGUGGAACAGUCCAGUUUUACCCCUCCUCUCUCCAGCCACUCCACUCCUCCCACCCCUCGGCCGUCGUGUGGAAGCUCCCGCUCUCUCAUUGGCUGCAGCAGUCAGGUGACGUGGGCGUCGUCGAGGGCAACCCCUCAAACUCCGGCUACGUAUACUGCCAGGAGGCGGUGUUUCCUUGUAGUCCGGGUCACCAGGACAACGGGAAUAACACAGAUCACUAUAGUCUUCAAACUCUGGUAGAAUCCUCCUUUACCUCCACCCCUGCCCUUCACUCCUCCCUCCACCCCUCCUCUCUUCCAUCCCAGCCCCCCAGUGGACUCUCACAGAAUGGAACAGCACCCCUAGUGGCAUAUAUAGGUACUCCCUUCCCUAGUCUGCUCCAGUCUAGUAGAGGAGGAGGAGGAGGAGGAGGGCAGAAGGGGGUGGAGCGGUUAGGGAGAGGGCUCCACUACACCCCUCUACCUAUGCUGAACCCCAGACGCAGAGGAACGGGGAUCCUCUCCUCCAUCGUGCCCCCUUCAGUCGGGGAACGGGGGGGGACGGGGGGGAUGACCGAAGAGGAGAAGGGAUAUUCUAUACCUCCGUGUAUCAACGUGGGUCCAGGGUUCCAGGCUGAGCUGCCAUGUUGUCGAGAGAGGGAGGAAGAGUCCAGGACAUGGCCAGAGGAUUCAGCAUCCAAUGAGGAGUUGCUCUGGAAACCGUGGGAGGAGCUUGGGAAGAGUUCUGUCAUCCAGGACCAAGUGGCAGCAAUGUUGUCUGUGUGUAGUUCUAGCUGUCUACCAGGAGGGGGCAGCAACACAGAGCUGGCCCUACACUGUCUCUACCUCUGUCACGGAGAUACACUGGCCACACUGGAGAAGUUGCUCUUCUCUACUCCAUCAUCAGCAAGAGACUACCAUUAUGCCGGUAGUGAUGUGUGGCUGCAGACUGAGAGGUCUCUGUUCAGUAAAGCGUUGACAAGCCAUGGAAAAGACUUCCCUCUCAUCCAGCAGAUGGUGAAGACGAAGUGUGUGUCUCAGUGUGUUGAGUUCUACUAUCUUUCCAAGAGACUUCCUGACAAACAGAGAAAACAGAGGGAGCAGGAACAGAUGAGUGUGGUGUCCCUCCCUAAACCGAUGCAAGUAGUGGUUCCAGCCCCGUCAUUGGCUACCAGCUUCCCCUGUAAGCAGUGUGGAAAGAUGUUCUACAAGAUAAAGAGUCGUAACGCCCAUAUGAAGAUCCAUCGGCAGCAGCAGGACGACUGGAGACGCCCAGGCCUCAACCCAGCCCAGAACCUCACCUCCAACCUGGGCACCAAUCUACCCCAUUGCCAGGCUUCAGGUCGGGCCUAUCUCCCAGGCCCCAUCAACAACAACAGCAUUCACCAUAUUGGUGGUGCUCACACCAUCAUCAGCGACAUCAGUGUUCCGAACACCAAUACCGUAACCAAUGGCAACAGUGUCACUGUCAAUGACUCCACCUCUAAUCAGAGGGGACCCGCUCCCCUCCUAUCUCUUCACCACUCGUGGGACUCGUUUCAGGUGAACUCUGACCCUGCGGCGGUAUUCUUCUGUGACCCGGAAGUGAAAGCUGUGCUCGGAGUCAUGGGGGGAGGGGUGAAAGGUCAAAUCUUGUGGAAUUAGCAUCAGAGAUACUGUAUAUAAUGACGGGAUGGUCUUGUCUCAGCCCUAACAAUGGGAGUCAUUGUGGGAAUAUUCUAGCCAAUGAGAGGGCAGAUACGAUCAGGUGGGAAUAUUCUAGCCAAUGAGAGGGCAGAUACGAUCAGGUGGGAAUAUUCUAGCCAAUGAGAGGGCAGAUACGAUCAGGUGGGAAUAUUCUAGCCAAUGAGAGGGCAGAUACGAUCAGGUGGGAAUAUUCUAGCCAAUGAGAGGGCAGAUACGAUCAGGUGGGAAUAUUCUAGCCAAUGAGAGGGCAGAUACAACUCCAACAUAAACGUUUUUCUUAAAGUUGCCUGAGAUGUCUCGUGCAUCCACUUAUAUAUCAGUACCUUCGUAAGAACCUAAACAUUACGAAACUUCUAUUCGUGUAACGACGUUCUUCGUUUGUCGAAAGAGAGUCGGACCGAAAUGCAGCGUGUUUGUUACUCAUGUUUAUUAGUGAAAACAAAUAACGAAACUAUACAUGAAAUAACGAAUAAAUACAAAAACAACAAAACGGAACGUGAAACCUAUUACAGCCUGACUGGUGAACACUAACACAGAGACAGGAACAAUCACCCACGAAAUACAAAGCGAAACCCAGGCUACCUAAAUACGGUUCCCAAUCAGAGACAACAAGAAUCACCUGACUCUGAUUGAGAACCGCCUCAGGCAGCCAAACCUAUUUAACACACACCCCUAAUCAGCUACAAUCCCAAAUACUACAAACCCCAAUACGAAAAUACAAUACAUAAACCCAUGUCACACCCUGGCCUAACCAAAUAUAUAUGAAAACACAAAAUACAAUGACCAAGGCGUGACAAUUCGAUCAAAUAAGCCUUACUUAACAAAUUAACAACACUAUCUCAUAAACCUUGAUACAAAAAAAAAUCCCCAUUUUGGUCUGCUUAUCGCUAUAUUCUCUCUGUCAGAUUUUGACGGGAGUGGAGCCUCUCACUUAGCCUCUUCCUCUCUGGUAGUGUUCUAGAAUCAGAACAGACAGACAUAAUUCACUUCCUUUCUAUCCUGCUUGGCUUUACGGUCAAAGACGCGAUAAAGAAUUAUACAUUUGUACAGUUUUUGUAUUUGUAUUUAAAUACUUUGACUUGCUUUGCGUUUCAUAAAAAAAAUAAAAUAAAAAAAUAUAUAUAUAUGUG